UUCAUUGCUUUUUGCCCUGUUUUAUUGGUUUUCUUUGUACAUUUUUUGUAUACACCAAGAAUAUGUUUUAUAUACAUGUUUAACAUUUUUUCAAAUAUGUGAUUGACUUUUUUACCACUUAUAUUUGUUGAUGUAAAAAAUUUCAUACAUACUGUAUAUUUUUGUAUACACCAAGAACAUUUUUGUAUACUCGUUUAACAUUUUUCCAAGACAUGAUAAUUUUUUAAACAUAUAUUUUUUAUGUCUAUUUUUUCAUUUUUCCAUACGUCAGGUACAUUUUAUAUAUACAUGUUUAACAUUUUCCAAAUACAUGAUUAACAUUUUUCUAAAUAUAAUUUUUAUGUUUAAUUUUUUCAUACACAAUUUACAUUUUGUGUAUACACCAGGAACAUUUUUAUUUAGAUGUUUAACAAUGUCCAAAUACAUGAUUAACAUUUUUUUUAUGUUUACUUUUUCCCAUACACAAUUUGCAUUUUUUGUAUACAGUGAAAACAUUUCAACAUUUUUAAAUGAGUGAUUAACAUUAUUCAGAAAAAUUUGAGAACUUACCUGUUUUAUCUCUACUUUUCCAUACACGUCGUACAUUUUUUGUGUACAUGACAAUCCAUUUUCUAUAUACAUAUUCAACAUUUUUUAUAUGUACGACUAACGUUUUUCAACUUUUGCAUAUAUAAUUAUUUUUACAAUACUUAUAUUCAGAAUAUUUCGGAAUACAAAAAAGUAAAGCAGAAAAAACGGAUGCAAAAAUGUGAAAGAAGAAACGGAAGAAAGGAAACGCUGAAGGCCUGUGUCCGCGCUGGACCCGCCCAAUCCGACUGCUGCUGAAGGUCGGUAAUACUCAAGUCUUUCACAAAAGACUAAUCAAAGCCCAACGGGCUAGAAGCCAGUGGUAACUCACAACCGACCUUACGCCGUCCGUCGCCCCGUGGUGCGCCUCCGCUGGAAGCGACACCCGCCGUCUCUGCCCCGCCCGCCGCUUGCUCCCCUCCCUCUCGCGCGUCAUCCCGGGUUCUUCGGCCGCCCGAAGUUCGCUGCCCCGAGCUCCGUCCCACCGGCGGCCGCAUCGAGGUCGCCUGGUCCCCGCUCCGUCUAGCCGGAAUCAAGCCACCGUUUGGCGUCACCGGCAGCGAGGUAGUAGGCAGGGCACCGCCAUCCCUUCCCACUUCCGUUUACCUCGCCUUGUUUGUUUCGAUUGGUUGGCUGAAAGCCUGAGGUCUGCCCUGAAACCCUACGUUUUGUUUUGAUUUGGUGACCGAGGAGGCGUAGAGCGGCGGGGCCAUGGAGGAGGACGCGGAGGGCAUGGACCGCUUCUACUACGAGGGCCCCCGCGAGCGCACGCUCCAGACCCGCGAUGACGCCGUCUACGGCGUCUUCGCCGAGGGGGACUCCGACUCCGACUACGACUCCGAGGACGACGAGGGGUCGCGACGCCGCAAGCGCAGAAGGGACGAGUCCGAGUCUGACUUCACCAGGCCCGUGCAGUUCGUCUCCAAGGGAAUGCCCGAGGGGGUGGAGCAGGAAGAGCAGAGGCUUGGGCUUGGCCAGGCCGCGUCCUCCUUGCGCACCGCAACCGCGGGGGAGGACACGGAGGAGAUCAUCGACCUGCCCACGGGGUUCGGGCAGCGGAUCGCGGAGGGUGCGCGUGCCAGGCGGGAGGAGAAGGAGCGGCAGUAUGAGGCGGUCAAGCGCGGACGCCAAGCGUCAUCGGCCGAGGUGGAUGAUGGAAAACCAGCGCCGGCCCCUGGCAGCGUGGAGUCCAACACGAAGGUGGCUAAGAUGAUGGGUAUGAUGGGGUACAAGAGAGGAAUGGGUCUCGGCAAGAAUGCUCAGGGAAUCACCGCACCGGUGGGGACCAUCCUGCGCCCCAAAAAUGCCGGACUUGGCAGUAUCGAGGAGUUUAAGGAGGCCAAGCCCUUCACUGCCAAGGAGAACCUGCCACCCCCACCUCCUCCGCCGUCUGCCAAGAAGGAAAAGCAACGGUGGUCCAAGAAGGCCAACUUGAAGAGAGAUCAGGUCCUGACAAAGAAUGAGUUGCUGGCUAUGCGCGCCGAGCAGGAACAGGAUGAGCAGCCCACGGUUGUCCAGAAGGUGAUUGACAUGCGAGGGCCUCAGGUUCGUGUGCUGACAGACUUGAAGGGGCUCAGUGAUGAACAGGAGAUGGGGGCGAAUGAUGUGCCAAUGCCAGAGUUGCAGUACAAUGUGCGGGUGCUUGUUGACGAGACUAAGGUUGAUAUCAUCAGGUUGGAUGGGCAGCUGCGACAGGAGCAGGAGGGGGUGGCUAGUUUGGUGCGGGAGAAGGAGAAAGUAGCAAAGCAGGAGGCAUUGCAGAAACACCAGCUGCAGGUUAUGGAGACGAUUGCAGGUGUGCUGGAGCAAGUCUGGUUGGACGAUACAGCUGGUUUGCUCAUGCUGCGAGGGUUGCUUAAGACCUUCCAGGAAUUGAAGCUGCGCCAUGAGGAGGAGUUCAAAAUGUGCAGUGUUGCAUGGAUUGCUUGCCAAUUUGCUCAUCCAUUACUGAUCCGGGUCUUCCAGGGGUGGCAACCUCUGCAGAAUCCGCUGUUUGGCUUGGAAGUCAUGUCGUCAUGGAAGGAUCUGCUGCAGUGUGACCAGCCAUAUGAUUUCUCAGAUGCUACUGAAUCAAUGGCUCCAUAUGAACAGCUGGUUAGCGAGGUGAUCCUGCCAGCUGUGAUGAUAUCAGGAACUAAUUCAUGGGAGGCUAGGGAUCCAGAACCAAUGCUCUGCUUUCUCGAGUCAUGGGAGCAGUUGCUGCCCCCUAUUGUACUCCAUUCAAUAUUAGAGCAUGUAAUCAUGCCAAAGCUCACAGCUGCUGUCGAAUCCUGGGAUCCACGUAGGGAGAAGGUACCGAUUCAUGUAUGGGUACACCCAUGGUUGCCGACUCUAGGACGAAGGGUAGAGACCUUGUGUGACUCUAUUCGUUACAAGCUGAGUAGUGUCCUCCAUGUUUGGCAAGCUCACGAUGCAUCAGCUUACGCUUUGCUAUCUCCAUGGAAGGGUGUAUUUGACCCAGCAAGUUGGGAAGACUUGAUAGUGCGUUAUAUCAUUCCUAAACUUAAAAUGGCACUCCAGGAGUUUCAGAUCAACCCAGCAAACCAGAAGUUCGACCAGUUUAACUCGGUUAUGAUUUGGGCUUCUGCUGUACCGGUACACCAUAUGGUCCAUAUGUUGGAAGUUGAUUUCUUUAGCAAGUGGCAGCAGGUUCUCUACCAUUGGUUGUGUUCACCGAGUCCUGAUUUCAAUGAGAUCACAAACUGGUACAAGGGCUGGAGGGGUCUUUUCCCACCAGAGUUACUCGCCAAUGAACGCAUACGAAUGCUUCUAACGGCUGGUCUUGAGAUGAUGAACCAAGCUGCUGAAGGGGUUGAGUUGGUGCAGCCAGUGGCAAGGGAGAAUUUGGGCUACUUGAGAGCAACAGAGAAGCGGCAAUUUGAUGCAGCACAGCAAGCAUCACAAUACCCAGCUUAUCGUUCAGUGCCAGGAGCAGCCAUGGGAGAUAUGAGCUUCAAGGAGUCUAUUCAGGCAUAUGCGGCUGACCAAGGUUUGCUGUUUAUGCCUAGAGUUAAUAAAUCCUAUAAUGGCAAGCCAGUGUAUGAAUUUGGCUCCGUGAGUAUCUUCAUAGAUUCUGUCAAGCGACUACUCUAUGCGCAACUUCAAGAGGGAACCAAUAGAUGGAGUUCUGUGUCUCUUACACAACUGCUGGAAAUGAACCGGAUGGCAAGAUCACACUAGCAAAUCAUCUAAGCUUCAAAUUUCAUUUCAUUUCUAUUUUCCCGCUGUGUAGAAGUCUUCAGAAUGUCGCUUUUGAGAGCAGUGCUGUAGAAUUAGUUGCUAAAGAACAAAGUUUCUGAUGAUGUGUCUGAAUGUGAUUUUCUACAUGUAUAUACAUGCAACUCAGUUGUUGCUGCCCAAGAAUGAAUAGUCUAUGCAGAUCUAUUUCUAGGAGUGAAUUGCAAAAAACAUCGACAUUGAAGGCUAGGGUUGCAAGAACCACACUUCUACAGUUUUGUGCCCAAAACCACUAAUUCUAAGGCUAAUUUUUUGAAAAAAACACUAACCGAUGGCUUAGGCCAUUUUGAGCACAGUUAUGACAAAUGGGUCACACUAGACAGGAUGACGUGGCAAAUAAAAAAGCCAAUUACAUCCCGAUAAAAAUUUGUGUUGCAAAAAGAUCCCUACAAAAACGCAAUUGGGCCCUCUCAUCUCCCAUGGUGGAGGCCGCCGGCCACUCCCAAACCGUGUGCGGCUGGACUUGGAGCCGACGAGGUGGAGGUG